AGGUCCAGGUAUUAGUUGUGAAAAUUGCGGCAAAUCCUUCAAAAAUCAAAUGACAUACAAAUACCACAAGAACAACGAUUGUACAAAUGAAAAGAAAUUCAAAUGCCUUUUAUGCAAUUUUUACAAUAAGAGGACUUACGAAAUCAAGAAGCAUUACAGAUCAAAACACCCUGAAGCUGAAACUCCUAGAGCUGGAUAUUACGUCAAAAUUGUUGACACCGGUACCACUGGACUGCUCGGAUCUGUAAAUCACAAAGUGAUAUGUGAAGGCUGCAAUAAACAAUUCAAAAAUCACAAUUCAUGGAGAGUACACUACCAUCUAGACUGUAUGGCUCCCAAGAAAUUCGGAUGUGCUUAUUGUAAAUUCAUAUCAACGAGAAAAUUCAGUUUGAAGACUCACUUGACGAAAAAGCAUCAGGUUGACGAUGCCGAUUUGAAGAAAUUAUUGCAGGCACGAAACUGAUGAAGAAAAUAAAUUUUGAUCUUUUUGUAAUUAUAUUGAUGUAGUUAGAGCAUUGAUUAUACCAAAUGAAAUAUAUUGUGGUGCAAUUAUGUCAAGCAUUAAGAUAAAACACCAUUGGACUAUUUUAUCGCUAACACACACUGAACAUUAGUAGCAGUAGCAAAAAACACAGGCCUUGCCUUCUAACAGGAGUUGAUUUUGAGGCUUUGUGUUAGAUUUUUGCUCAUAAAAAUAUAUUUUCGUAUUUUUUGCUCGCCCUGUAUCUCCUAAACGAGGCGGUGUCUCGGAAAUCGCCAAAGGGUAAGAUAG